AAAAAGGCAGAACAUUUCGCCUCAAACUCAUCAUCUCUGAUAGAGAUUUCAAUUUUAUCCCCAAAAUCUGGCAUUUUCUUUUCUGCUUGAUUCCCAAAAAAGGAAGAAAAAGAAAAUCUAGCCGAUCCGCUUUUAUCUUCAGAAAUUCAAUUUUGGGCGGAAUCCUCUCCUGUACCUGCCGAUCAGCUUUCCCGCCGCCCGAUUGCAUACCUUGGUUGCUGCUGCUGCUGCUACGGUUGACGAAGAUGGACGAUUCCUGUGCCGUGUGCGCGGAGACGCUGGAAUGGGUUGCCUACGGAGCUUGCGGCCACCGGGACGUGUGCUCCACCUGCGUCGCCCGCCUCCGCUUCAUCUGCAACGACAGAAACUGCUGCAUCUGCAAGACCGAGAACCCCGUCGUAUUCGUCACCAAGGCUUUGGGAGAUUAUACAAGGAUGAUUAAUGACUUCUCACUCUUGCCAUCUGAACCAAGAGAGGGUCGGCUGGGGUCGUAUUGGUAUCAUGAAGACACGCAAGCUUUUUUUGAUGACGCCGAGCAUUAUAGGAUGAUCAAAGCAAUGUGCAAGCUGUCUUGUAGUGUAUGUGACAAUGCAGAGGAUAAAUCAAGUGAUGCUCCCAAGCGCCGGCAGAGGUUUCGGAACAUUGAACAGCUCAAAGGUCAUAUAUACCACCAGCAUAAGCUGCUUAUGUGCAGUCUAUGCCUUGAAGGGCGGAAGGUAUUUAUCUGUGAACAAAAGCUUUAUACUCGGGCGCAAUUGAACCAGCAUAUUAAUACCGGUGACUCUGUUGUGGAUGGGAGUGAGAGUGAAAGGGGUGGAUUUGCGGGGCAUCCGAUGUGCGAGUUCUGCAAAACCCCAUUCUAUGGUGAUAACGAGCUUUACACUCAUAUGUCUACCGAACACUACACUUGUUUUAUAUGUCAAAGGCAACAUCCAGGACAAUAUGAAUAUUUCAAAAAUUAUGAUGACCUAGAGAUCCACUUCCGCAAUGAACACGUCCUGUGUGAGGACGAGGGAUGUCUUGCAAAAAAGUUCAUAGUUUUCCAAUCCGAGGCAGAAAUGAAGCGGCAUAAUACCUUGGAACAUGGUGGUCGUAUGUCUAGGGCAAAGCGCAAUGCUGCUCUUCAGAUUCCAACCAGCUUCCGGUACAGAAGUAGCGAACAAGAUCGACGACGUGGAAGAGGGCGGACUUUUCGUCGGGACUUUGCAGAAGAUCAGAUCUCUGCUGCCAUUCAAGCCAGUUUAGAGUAUGCAAAUGCUGAUUCCGCUCGCCCUAGCGGAUCAUCUUCCAGUGCACAGAUAAUGCCCGAUCCUGCUGCUGAAACCGAUGAUAUUGAUCCGAUCGUUCAGCCUUUUGAGUCCCUAACCACAGCGGAGUCUGAGCAACCUUCAAGGUACCUCCAAGCACUGGGGCAGAGCUAUAGGAAUGCCCCACUUCGAGAAGCCGCAUUUCCUCCACUCAUGGGUUCCUGCAGCAGCAACCAAGUACCUAAACGAGAAUCUGAAGGAAUGCGUAAUACAAUGGCGGACCAUCUCCGUCGUCAAAACAACAGGAAUGUUAAUGCUGCUAGGACAUGGAACACAACGGGACAUCCUACGGCCUCUAACACUACUACUUCGUUGCCAUCAACAAAUACUUCCUCAGCUCCUCUGGGUAUGGGCAGUGGGUACACUUCUUCCAGUUAUGCAAGUUUGGCGAAAGGUCAGGCUCUGGGUCGAGCAGCAGCAGCAGCAGCCCUACGAGUUAAAUCUGGCAGCCCUUCAAGGAGCUCCGACAGCAGGAGUAGAAUCGGCCACUCUGCAUCAGCACCUAAUCUUGCUGAGAAGGAAGUGGUAGAGACUACAUCUAAUUUUCCACCAAUUUCUGCAGCUGUACCAAAGAGAAACCAAACAGUGUCCCUACCCAAAGUGGAGGAUGUUCAAGCUGCAAACAAGUCUUUGGUGGAAAAGAUACGGGCUGCCCUCGAUGAUGACCAAGAGAAAUACACUGUCUUCAAAGAAAUCUCUGGACACUAUCGUCAGGGUUCAAUUGAUACGGAGAUGUAUCUUGAUUAUGUCCGGCAUUUUGGUUUGUCCCAUUUGAUUCUCGAUUUAGCCAGGCUAUGUCCUGAUCCUGAGAAACAGAAAGAGCUCCUCGACACCUAUAACUCUGGUGUGAGAAAGAACGGUCCACAAGAGAAUGGAUGGGGCCAAGGCAGCGGCAGCAGCAGCAGCAGUUCUAAGAAAGGCAAAGGAAAGCAAGCUGAUGCUUCUGGCAGUAAACGAAAUACAUUAGCUGAAGGCAUUAUGGAUACUGUUAAGGAUCUGCAAUCGAACUACAAAUCAGCAGAGCAGGAGGUUGAGGUCUUGACAAAGGAUGGGUAUCGACCCCCCAGAGGCAAGUCAAAAGCAACAUUGGACGAUGAAUGGCCGGUUUCAGGUCAAGGCCAAUCGUCAAAGCCUGGCAAGCAAACAGAAGAUCAAUCUGCUGGUGGUGGAGCGAACCAAAGUCUCACGGACAGAGGUGGAGGGAGUAAGCAGAAGAAAACCUCAAAGUUCCACAGGGUCCGCUUGGGUGAAGGCUCCACAGCCUCAAUUCUGGACCUCAGGAAUUCUGACCCCGACCCUGAUCCAGAUCCAGCGGAUAACAGAUCAGAUGGUAAUGGUAACUCCUCUGCAGCGCUGCCUUUACAUGGAGUUUGGCGAAGAGGUGGAGGCCACAAUCUCUUUUAGUCAAAAUAUGGUGUAAUUCAGCUUUAUAAAGAUUAUUGCUUGUGAUAUAUUUUUGGCAAGGGGAUCUUGAGCUAUUCUCAGAACCGGAUUUUAAGCUGGAGUGUCAAGUUGCAGAGGCCUGUCACUGGUGGGGGGCUCAGCGAACAAAUUUUGCAGAGCUCAGUUGACAGGUGCUGCCCUAGAGUUGGCUUAUUCAUCCAUUCGAGUAGGCUGGAUUUUGUCAGGAAAUGUUAACAUUGCACAGGGUAUCAUUAUUUCGAAGAGAGAAGUGCAAGCUUUUUAGCUUUUCUUGGUUAAGAAUGACAAACUGUUGGGUUGACAGUUUGGGUUGUGUUAAGGGUACGAACUGUGUCUCCCUAGUUCAUCGUUUUUUGUGACAUCGGACAGGGAAGUGAUGCACUGAGUAUUUGUUCACAUUUACAAACGUUAAAACAUUGUAUUACGUAAUAAAAUGUGCAGCGUUCUUCCUUUAAA